UAUAUGAUCAAGAAUGCAGUGUUAAUGUAAAUCAUAUUAUUUUUCAUUAAAUAUAUAUUUCCCUCAUUCAACUUUAGUCAGCUUUGAAUGUCUUUUAUAGUCUUGCUUUAAAGACGAAAAACGAUCUCCUUCCCGAUUUACCUUAGAUUCGUCAAAAUUGAGGCAUCCAAACUAGGUAUAACUAUUAUUCUCCUUCUAAAUAUAAAGAGUCAGCUAAAACCAAAUAAAAUAUUGUUGAAGAACGAAAUCUGAGGAUGCCCGAUAGGCAAUAUAAAGGAAAUAAAUCAAGGUUUUAUUAAAACCAAAUGCAAAUAUUGACUAGUGAAUCAGUUAACAGAACAGAUUGCUCGCAAUUAAAAUUAUAAAUAGUCUUCAAAUAUUCAUGUAAGUCACACAAACAACAUAUAAUUACAAUAGAAAAUACAAUUUACUCAAUAGAAAUGGAGAAAGUAGCUUUCAUAUUCAUCGGUCUUAUACUUUUCUCAACAUGCACUCUUAUUCUAGCACAAUCUUGUGAAACGGCCUCUGAUUGUGUUCAUCUGAAAUGUGUAACGAAGAUCAAAUGUGAGGACAACCAUUGUAAAUGCGUCAAUCCAAAACACAUAGCUUUACCACUUGACACGAACUGUGGUGUUGCUGCUUGCAUUGACUUUUGCAAGGCGAAAGGUGAACAAGCUUAUGCUUGUAUCUUAAACCAGUGUUAUUGUCGUAAACCUCCUAUCUACUAAGUAACAAUAUUGGCAUGUUCAACUACUGUUAUUUUCACAAAUUCUUGUUCAAGACUUUUAUUAUAAAUUUAUAAUAGUCUUUUCUAUCAAAUAAAAAUAAUAAAAGAAGAUAUUAAUGUUUCAA